GCGGUUAGCUGUCCGGUGACCCAAGGGUCCGCGAGGGGGGAGUCCCGAGGCGGCCAUCAGCCUCAGCAGUUGCGCUGCGACUCGAGGGGGCGAACCAGAGUGACGCGCCGGACGCUGUCAGGACCGCGCGGGGAGGGGAGGUGGAGGCGAACCCGACGGCCCCUGCCAUGAGACCACACUGAGAACGUCGGUGAGCCUGGGCCCCCAUGGCCUCCACAGACAGACACCUGGCGCCCUCACCGGGCUCCCCCUGGGACGCCAUCCUCCAGGCUGUCAAGGACCAGCUCCCUUCUCUGGACUCCUCCUCGUCAGACAGCGGGGAAGAGGAGCCGUUCGUCUUCCAGAGAAAGGAGAGCAUCCUGAUUCCAGACCUUUCGGACGAACUGGUUGAAGUUGGGGCCGGUGGCAUAGAGUCUGGGGCCUGGGUCCCUGCUGAAGGGCCUCCUCCCGAGCUUCUGGUGCCUGUGGAACUGGCCACGCAGCCUGGGAGUGGAUGGACAACAAGGAUGGAGGAUUCAGCCGCUGGGAAAGGAAGGAGCCCCAGUCCACCUUUUGCGAGCUGUGGUGAGAUCAGCUGUCUUCCCAGGACAGCCACAGAGACCCCCAUGAGGCUGGAAGCUGACCUUGGGAGCAAGUCUUUGAACACCCAAGGGUCCCAGAGUCCCCCCUGGGCUCCACAGGGAGAAGCCACCCUCCCCCUCCAAGAAGGAGGCCGAGAGACAGAGCCCCCCGGCACUGCACCUCCAGACUCUGCAAGCCGCAGGGCCCUCCGACGGGCCAGGAGGAAAAUGAUUGAGGAGGACAUACUCCAGAAAAUGACCCGAGACACCCAGGACCCAGUCUGCAGUGACCAAAGCUGGGCCAAGGGGGCGCCCUGCCAGGCUGCUCAGUCAGGUCCCCGCCCAGAAGUUCCUCCUGCAGGGGCUCAGCAAGGACCGCUGGUGCUCUCGCUCCAGCAACUGGAAGAGUGGGAUUUGGAUUACGUCCUCCAGAGCCUGGCGGGGCCAGAGGACACCCAGGGAAACCACGUACCUGGAACGGCAUGGUGGGCGGCUGACCUCUUCCAACACCAAGGGCACACGGUGUGGAGAGACGAGGAGGAGUUCAUGGAGCAGCUGGCCCUGCUGAGUGCCUGCCAGUCCACCGUCUCCACCUCUGCCCGGAGGGUGCCUGCCCACACUCCCCAGGAAGUCGAGGAGCAGGAGGCCGGAAGCAGGUGUGCUCUGACAAAGCCAGGCUUCCAGGCUGAGCCGGGCCAGAAGGCAGCCGAGGGCAUGAGGCUGAGGAUGGAGCCUCCCACCAUCUUCAUCGAUCUGCGGCAGACGGAGCCAGCAGGCCACCCCCGGUCCCCAGAAAGCUCCAGCCACAGCUCCUCUGACAGCGAGGAGGAGGAGGAGGAGGAGGAGGAGACGGCAGCUCUGGGAGACCAGCAGGGCCCUGCGGAGAGGGCAUGUCCUUCCUCCCAGGGGCUCAGGGCCUGCACCGGGAAGAGUCAGCUUCUCCAGCAGCUCAGGGCAUUCCGGAAGGGGGCGGCUCAGCCAGGGCCGCCUGCUAGCGACGGCUGCCACGGGCAGAAGGCCAAGAUCCCUGAAGACUCGGCUGGAUCGGGAACUGGCCGGAAACAACAUGUGAAACUCUGGCCUGAGGUACAGAGAGCUCAGGCCACACCCCCAGGGGGACGUCCCAGGGCCCUGGGAGACCCUCUAGGGCCAGGGACAGCCAGGGAGGCUCUGGUGCCUCCUCUGGGUCAACCAUAGAU